AUGGAGGGUUUUGUGGUGUGCCUUGUGAUAUCCAUGGAAGUUCUCGGUGCUGCUGCUGCCGCCGUCCUCCAGCCGCCGCCGCCAAUGUAUGUGUUCGGGGACUCGUACCUCGACGUCGGGAACAACAACUACCUGUCGGGGCCGAAUGUCCCUAGGGCCAACAGGCCCUACUACGGCAUCGACUUCCCGGGCUUUCCCACCGGAAGGUUCAGCAAUGGGUACAACACCGCUGACUACAUCGCGAAGAAGAUAGGACUCGCCGCCGGUAGCCCUCCGCCUUAUCUGUCGGUGGCAUGGAGCUCCAGCCUUGUGGUCUCCACCGCCCUCACCAUUGGUAUGAGCUACGCUUCCGGCGGAGCUGGCAUCCUCGACUCCACUAACGCGGGCGACAACAUCCCGUUGUCGAAGCAGGUGCAGUACUUCAACGCCACCAGGUCGAAGAUGGUCGCCGCUGUGGGCUCCGGCGCGGUGGACACCCUGCUCUCCAGGUCCGUCGUCCUCAUCGGCGCUGGCGGCAACGACCUGUCCGUGUUCGCCAACGCGCAGCAACAGAGCGACGUCGCCGCGUUCUACGGCAGCCUCAUGUCCAACUACUCGGCCGCCAUCACGGAUCUGUACACGCUGGGCGCGCGCAAGUUUGCCAUCACCAACGUCGCGCUAGCCGGGUGCCUGCCGGCUGCACGGGUCCUCGACGCGGCGGGCUCGUGCUCAGACUACCGGAACUAUCUCGCCGACCGCUUCGACGACGCCCUCCGGUCCCUGCUCGCCGACCUUGCCGCCAGGCUACCGGGCUUCCUCUACUCUCUCGCCGACUCCUUCGCCCUCAUGGUGGACACCUUCUACGACCCACAGGCGUCGUCGGGGUUCACGGACGUCGCCAGCGCGUGCUGCGGCGGCGGGCGGCUGGGCGCGGAGGCGGAAUGCUCGCUCAACUCCACCAUCUGCGCCAACCGCGACCAGCACUACUUCUGGGACAACGUGCACAUUACCCAGCAGGCUGCCAAGCAAAGAGCUCAGGCCUUCUACGACGGCCCGGCCAAGUACACCACGCCCAUCAACUUCAAGCAGCUCGUCCAGAAGACCGCUGCAUGAUGGAGCUGAUGAUUCUUGCUUCAGGGACCUAGUGCUUCUACCUACGUAUAAAUAAACCGGCAACAAAUGCAUGGCCGC